AAUGUUUUCUCGCACUGUUUGGUUUUGAUUCCACCCUAUGAGGGUAACGUGAAAGGCGUAUACGGAGACGAUAUACAAAUUAACAGCGUAAUCAAUAAACAAAGUUUUUGCUUGGUCAUCGUCUUUACAUGAGUUGUAAUAGUUGUGUGCUCAAGGACCACUUUACUCUACCACCGGAGGAUUCAAAUGCCAGAUAUAUCAGUGAAUUAACACACAAUGAACAGUUAUUGAAAGAAACUAAAUUAAAACGGUUUUUGAUAACAGAACAAAAGCGAUCAAAAUUGUAUAGAUCAUUAAUUGCUAAAGUUAAUUCCAGUUGUAUAGAUGACAAACUGUUAUCUAAUUUACCCAGUGAAUCAGUUCUUACUACUUUGAAUCAGAAUGCAUCGUGUGACAGCACGAGCAGAACAGAUUCUCAAAAGUGCAGUAAUCGUAGUGAAGUAUUAACCAAUUCAGAAAAGUUUUUCACACAAUCACCUAUACAAGAAACUAGUUUAUCUAGUCGUACAAUAAUAACAACAACAAAUUAUACUACACAUAAUCAUUGCAAAUGUACUGAACAGAGUAUUGAUGACUUGUCCAGUCGUGCCAAGGCGUUAUCACUCCAUAGUUUCCCUUAUCUCGUGAAAAGUUUAAAACUUAGAACUUCUAGCUUGCAUGAGUAUAAAGCUAGACAAAUGAGACAGGCAGUUGGAAGACGUAUUUAUUCAGAUGCUGAACGUAAAAAAGUCUGUGAUCUACGUCGAAAUAAAGAAGAUUUAAUUUUAUCGGAAAACAUUAAAGCUAAAGCUGAAAAACGUUUUCUUAAUGUAAAAUCUAAUAAAACUCUUAAAUCGUCUAAUUAUUUGAAGAGAAAUUCAACACAAAUUAUGUCUACUAAUAGAGAUAAUUUGACAGUAAAUGAUCAUAGCAACUUAAUUGACGAAAAUAAACUCAAUAAUAAUUCGAAUCAAACAAUUAAGUGUAAUUAUAAAGAGAAUGAAGUGCUUUAUUCAAAAGAUACAAACUUGUCCGAUACUAUGGAUACUAAAGAGAUAAGUCUGGAAAAACCCGAACGUGAUGGUCAUAAUGGCGAGAUGCUUUCCUUAUGGUCUCGCUUAUCUAAUCGUCUGGAUAAAAAAAUUCCACCGCUUUGUCUCUGCAUGGAAUAUUCUCGCCAUGAUAUUGAUGAAGUCCCACCAUGGUUGAAAUGUGCCAAUAAUUGUCAAUUUUAUCAUAAUCCAGAAGCUUUUCUUAAGGUGUUACUGGACUAUAUGCAAUCGCUAAACCUGUCAUAAGGUCGAAGAACAAAUCCCCAUCAUAUUAAACAGCUACAUUCUGUGAAAUUCGCAACUUUUGGAUCAUGGUUAUCAGAUUUUGGUGGGUGAUUCUACUUGAAUAAAAAAAUCAUUGGCUAGAAA